UUAUUAAAUUUCGUAUAUAUUUUGUUCGCAUCACCCAAAAUUUUUUCAAAAUUCGAAAAUACGCCGCAUAUUUUAGUCAGAGGGCCAGCCUCUGCGCUCUGUCACCAUGUCCAUAUUUUCCAUUGAGCCCUAGAUUUCGCUGCUAUGCCGACAAAUGCAGAAGGGAGACGGAACCUAAGAAGUUCCGGCUGGACCGUGGACCCUACCUUUCCCAGCUGGACUACCAAUCUCGCCUUCAGUUCCAAGCACCAGCUCUGAGGUUACCCCUCACCAGCAUUAUAUGCACCAUUGGACCCUCAUGCAUCCAGCCCGAAGUUCUCCUUGCACUUAUUCAUGCUGGGAUGAGGGUGGUGCGAUUGGACUUUUCCCAAGGCACCCACGAUUGCCACUGUCAGGCAAUCCAGGCGGCUCGUAAAGCCAUCUCCAUGUACGUGGAGGAAACGGGUCUACCCCGGAGCUUGGCCAUUGCUCUGGACACCAAGGGCCAGGACUUACCGGCGGACUUAGCCGCCUUAACCGAGCAAGACAAGCUGGACCUGAAGUUUGGCGCGGAUCAGAAGGUGGACAUGAUCUUUGCGUCGUUCAUCCGCGAUGCCAGAGCUCCAAAGGAAAUUCGCCAGGCACUGGGUCCAUCAAGUGAGCACAUGAAGAUCAUUUCCAAGAUCGAGAGUCAACAGGGUCUGGCGAACAUAGAUGAGAUAAUCCGCGAAUCCGAUGGCAUAAUGGUGGCCCUUGGAAAUAUGGCCAGCGAAAUACCACUAGAGGCUGUGCCACUGGCGCAGAAAUCGAUCGUGGCCAAGUGCAACAAAGUGGGAAAACCUGUGAUCUGUGCCAACCAAAUGAUGAAUUCAAUGAUAACCAAGCCUCGUCCUACUCGCGCCGAGUCCUCUGAUGUGGCAAACGCAAUCUUCGAUGGCUGUGAUGCCCUCGUGUUGUCCGAUGAAACGGCCAGGGGUAAGUACCCGGUGCAAUGUGUGCAGUGCAUGGCCAGAAUCUGCACCAAAGUCGAGUCGAUUUUAUGGUAUGAGAGCCUUCAGAACAACCUCAAGAGGGAAGUCCGGAUCAACGCCGCCGAUCACAUCUCGGCGGUGACCACGGCAAUUGCAGAGGCGGCUACGGUGGGUCAGGCUCAGGCCAUAGUGGUGGCCAGUCCGUGCUCCAUUGUGCCUCGAAUGGUCAGUCAUAUGAGGCCGCCGUGUCCCAUCGUGAUGCUCACCGGCUGCCCACAUGAGGCUGCUCAAUCCGUGCUCUUUCGGGGCGUUUUCCCACUCCUCGUCAAGGAAAUGGUUUACGGCAGCCUAAACUACUGUCGCAUCAUGCAAUCGGGCCUAAAGGUACUGGCCAAGUUGGACAUCCUGGAGCCAGGCCAAAAGGGAACGCUGGUGCUGGUCAAUGCCAUGUCGUUAGACAAGCUCACCUUCCGGCUGUUCACUUUUGUUCAGCCAACUGAGGCAGAGCGAGAAGAAGAACGCUGCCGAAAAUUGGCUCGAAAGCAGCGAUGCAAGGAAAUGUCUAUAAGUAAAUCCUGUUCAAAUCUACAGAUCAGUAAGCCUGAAAUAUCCAUGAAGCCCAAAGAAAUGGAAGAAUGUCCUACGCCCGAAAGAACCUCGAAAUGUUUACAGCUGGAAAAACAGAGCGAGCAGAAACGGAGCGAAGAUUUGCCAAUAUCCGUAGAAAAGGAAAAUAUCUGUUCAAGAAAAGAAUGUCCCAGAAAGGACGACUUGACUUUGAAAUGCCUCCAGCUGAAGAAAGAAAGGCAAGCUCAAACGGAAGCUGAGAUGAAAAAGCUCAAAAAAGCCGAAGAUGGUCGAAAAAACAAUAAGGCGGCUAAGGAUAGUCUUAGCCUUAAGAAAGAAGGCGAUAAUGCCUUGAGAUGCAGUAAGCUGAAAAACGGAAGUCCAAAGAAGGAUAAGUGCAGGGUAGUCAAAAUUCCGGGGACAUCCGAAGAAAAGGAUAAUUAUAGCCCGAAGAAAGAAUCUCUUAGGAAAAACAAAAGGACCUCCAAUCUAGAAAAAAGCGAAAAUAAACAGGCAGAAUAUGCAAGCACAAACCCUGAAGAGUUGGAAAAGUCCUGGGAUAUUGUACUCGAAAACUGCAAGACAGUAAAACUCCAAAACUGCAUGACAGUCAAACUCGAGAACUGCAAAAUAACGAAUCUUAAAAACUGCAAAACGAUCAAGCUCGAAAACUGCAAGCAGCCGAGCAGACAUAGGAAAACCACGGAUCGUACUAAAAAAGUGUGAGGGUGUAUGAUGCAAGUAUGAAGAUACAAUCGUUUUUGUGUCAAGGGUAGAAUAGCCGUAAGAACGUUCUCUACUGAUUAAUAAAGGCGUGUUCACAACAUAAA